CCGCACGGCGCGGUACUGAGCAGCUUAAACUGUCACUAGCUGGGCGGUACGAUGUCCGAUAGCGCGAUGUCCAUCAGGGAUAAAAUGUGGAGGAACCACAGGAGGCUAGAACGAUACAAACUUCCUGCUAUGUGGAAAGAAAAGCGCAAUUCCUGCUCCGUGGGAUGAGAUGGGGGAGGCUGGAAGGGAAGAGUGUGGAUAGCAAACAUGACAUUUUAGAUCCCCCAAGUCCUGGAGUUCUCUCACACUCACCGAAAGAAAUCCUGCUGGGUUAGCCUAAAAUAGGACAGGGCAGGGCAUCCGGUUGUUGUGAAGAUUCUUUUAUUGUCUUGCUUCACAUUCACUCCGUAGUUCUGAUUGAAUCAUCCAAACGAAACUGGCAUCACUGGAAAAAGCGUCCUAGAGCGUCCUAGCGCUACCCACCGGAACCUUGAAACUCUUGAGUGGAUGUUUGCUAAAUAAUUGUCCGCUUUCUUGGAACAACGAUUGCUUUAUUGAUGUUGACCGAUGCUUCAGGCGCUUCAGUGCAGCUGUACGACCUACUUACGUUACUGCUCGAGCAUCUCACUGGAGUAAGUGCAAGAACGAUUCGUUCGGGGACAACUCAGACAAAUGUGACAAGUACCGCAGCUUUCCAUUUGCUCUGUUUUACCUUGACACCCUCCAUAGCGGUGUGAGGUGGUGUAAAAACUGCAAACUGAAAAUGCUUGCUGGAGCAAAUACUGACAGGAAAUUAAUGACCUACUAUUACUGGGUGGAAUGAAGCGAACAUCUUCCUGCGCUUCCCAACAUUCUUCCGGCGAAAUGUCUUUGCGGUGCAUAUUUUCAAGGUCUGCUGCACUAUUGCACCUUAAAGCGGGAAGAAUUUGCGGUUGAGAGGCAGGUUUGUUAAGGUUAUAUGCAAUUUAAAAGAGAAUUUUAUAAGUUCUAAGUUAUCAAGACAUUAGGAGAUUAAGGCCAUUAUUGAAAGAGACUACCAAUAUCUAAAUACUAUGUAGCUCUUACUAAACUCUCUUAGUACAAAUGAUUAUAAACCGCAUACUACAAACUUCAAGACUUCAACGUCUGUGCCUAGGAAAAUCAUUUCACCAUAAAGUUGCCCGCCGUCAAAGCUAAAUAAACAAAUUAUGUUUUAAUGCACCAAAAAAUCAGAAUAAUAGCAAGCGCUUUCAGCUCUAAAAUGUUACCAUACAACAACUCACUUUCUGUUGCGCUCCGAGGUGUUUUUUCUUCUCUCCAGUGCAAUGAAAGUCUCGUUGCAAGAAUAAACACCCCCUCAAAAACUUUUCCUUGUUCAUUCAUAAUUAAUUUAUGUGCAAAACACAAUUAUAACGCUUUGAUGUUUUCGGUGCUGUGUUUUUUCACCGGCUGACGGUUGUUUUGCGCUUUGCACCUACGUAGGUGGUUCGGCCAGGCAUGCAGGAAUAAAGUUCGUCUCUUCCAUCCGGCAAAUGCAAAUGCAAAAAAAAAAAUGCCUUGUCACACCGGAACCCGGAACUCACCAGGUGGUUUGCGGUGCCGUUCGGUGUCGUCACUGUUUAAGCUGUCGUGCCAGAUGUGUGCCGGUGGUUGGUGAAAUAGUCAUUCGAAAUUAAAUGAGGUUUUAGAGCCAUUGCCUGCGUUGGGUGAUGAAUUCUUUCGCUGUGCGCUGUCCCAGUCCACAAGCUGAGUUGACGUAGAUAGCCUGAUACAAAGUAAACACUUAGAAUGGGGUCGACAGCAAAGACUGAACCACAACAAAAAAACAGUCACUGGGCGGACGUCGACAUCUACGACUUUGUCGCCUAUCGUCAGACUUUGUUCUCUUUACGUCAAAAAAAAACGCCACAAAUUGAUUCUAAACACUAUCGAAAAACUUCACAAACGGCCGAAACAGACUGACAUAGUUUUGCAUCCGUUUCGCUCUGAAGGCGCGUGUGUGUCUAGUACAGCGAUUCCAGCGCAUAGCAUGCCUUACAGACAGCAUUGACCUUGCGUGACGACUCAAUAGUAGCAUUGAUGUCUUAUCAAUCGUAAUGAAGCACCAAGCAGCUACUUACACACACAUAUAUACUGUAUUCUCGCUAGCCUCCGUCCAAUCCAAUACCCAAGUACAACAUCGGGAAGCAUUGAAACGACGAGCAUUAAGAUUAUGGGCCUAUGAGACGAUCACAAGCGCUGCUGUUUAUCAACAGUUACGAAAGAACGUCUGCCGGUGGUGGUCGUUUAUUUUUUCGGUCGAGCAUUGCGGAGAAGAAGCGUUAAACCCAUCACAGUGACAGUUAUGUAUGGUGCCGGCGUUCUGCUGCUCCUGAUCGUCUGCACGACCCAUAACCUCUGCCAGUCCGUUCCGGCGGAAGUAGCUGAAGAGGACACAGGUGCCUGCUUGGUUCGAUUCGGUGACGCUGCUACCGGCGAAGGUGUCUACAACAAAACAUUCAACAAUGUGCCGUACUGUGCGUUUCUUGGAAUUCGUUACGCCAAGCCUCCGGUCGGCGAGCUACGAUUCGCCAACCCCGUGCUGGAAGAUCCCGUUGAUCAGCGCAACUACACCGCGUACGGGAGCGUGUGUCCACAGUUUAAAAACAUCAACCGCCAGAAUGGGAUAGUGGGCAGCGAAGACUGUCUCUAUCUGAAUGUGUUCGCACCGGUGCAGCAUGUGGACAGUGAGCAGGAGACAACACGUGUCAGGUAUCCCGUGCUGGUGUUUAUACACGGUGGAAGCUUUGUAGCAGGAUCGGGAGAAGUUCACGGUGUGGAUUUGCUGAUGGAGAAUGAGUUGAUUGUUAUCACUCUGAACUAUCGUCUCGGGGUGCUUGGAUUCUUGAAGAGCGAACGUCUCAACAUCACCGGUAAUUAUGGGUUACGAGAUCAGCAGGCCGCUCUGCAAUGGGUACAGCGCAAUGUGCACCAUUUCGGAGGCGAUCCUGCACGUGUUACCCUGAUGGGACACAGUGCCGGUGGUGCGUCGGUAACACAUCAACUGUAUAACGAACAAGCGGCCGGACUAUUUCAAAGUGUGAUCGUGCUGAGCGGUUCCAUGCUGGCCCCUUGGGCCGUUCUUUACGAUCAUCUGCGGUGUCAGGAUAAUUACGUACACGAUAUGGAUGCAAGAACGCUGCCUGAGUUCCAGCAGGUCGAGCUGGAGCAGUUCUUCAUCCCCGAUCGUAAGUUACGCUACACAUUCGCAUACUGCAGCAUGUUCUACGUGUGUUUCAUACCCACUAUGAGCAAUCGCACGGUAGAGGACGGUGCCUUCUUUAGCCAUUCACCACACGAAGCUGUACGCGUUAAAACUCCACCCCAAAUGCCGAUCCUUAUUAGCGAGACGGCAACCGAGUUCGAGUUUCUGCUGCCACACAUCUUCGACUUUUGGAUGAGCACAAACUACCCGAACCAAAACCAUCCCAUGAUCAGGCGACGGAUUGGUGAAAUCCUGGACAAUGUCGGUAACUGGGCCGUGGCACAGGGGCUUGAACCGACCAAGCAACUGUUCUACCAGAAGAUGGCAAACAUGGCCAAUCUUUACUACCCGAUCAGGCGGCUGCUGGGUGUGCUGGGCAAGCAUCUGCACGAGGGCCAGCUGUACUAUCUGCGCUUUGAGUUUGAUGGAAAGUUUGGUGAGUAUAAGAAGAAAAUUUACGCCCAACAUCUUCAGACGAACAAGUACGGUGCGUUGCAUGGCGAUGAGCUGGGAUACAUCUUCAGUCCCUACAAUCUGCGGGACGCGUUGGCGAAUCGUUCCGAGUAUCGGAAGGAACUAUCCGUGCACAUUCGCACUGUUGAGUUGAUUGCAAACUUCGUUAAGUAUGGUAAUCCCACACCGAAGCGUAGCAAACUGUCCGACAUUGUUUGGCCACCGUACAGUGAAGCUAACAACCACACCCAGUACCUGAACAUUGACGAAGAGUUUACGCUGCGUCGCGUCGAUAAUCGUCACAAUCUCUAUUACCUGAUCUGGAAAAUUGUGUACGAGUGUUUGUACCACGGGCACUGCGACACCAUUACGAAGCUGGAACAGCUCGGAGAACAAUACGGCGGGAUGCUAGUGGCGCAACCGAACGAUGACGGCCUGGACGUGCUGGAUGAGGAAAUGAAGAGCAAUCUGACUUAGCCGAUGGUGUCCAAUCAUAUCGAUGAUAAAGUAAUGCCCAGUAUCUUGUAGUUGUGUACUCAUCGCUAGUUAAGGAAAGGAGUUAAACAUUAGUGUUAAAGUUUUGGGGGCCUUUGUCCUCAAUUUGAAGACCCUUACAGACCUUCACAUUCCCAUUGAAUGUGUUGAUAAACAUUCCUAUUUAUUCCUUUAGAAAA